AGUGUAGAACGAGUGCAGGCCGGCGCGCCAUCGAUCGCUGCGCUAUGGUGCGCUCUUGGGACAUGUUAGCCGCGCGGGGGAAAGGAUGGUUAGGGGAGAGGGGUGAAUGUUGGUAGGGGUCAGAGCCUGCGAACAGCUGAGGCGGAUAUCUCCAUCUGCCACCUCGCGUCCGGUGGAGGGGGUUCGCCCGCAGUUGCCAGGUACCGGGUAGUGCGCACUUGCAAGGCGAGGCGCUUCCUGCACUCCGACACUCCCGGCGAACAAAGCAGAGUGGAAUGAUGUUCAACGCGGUGUGACUUGUGCUAGCGAUUUUUGUUCCGCAAACUCGUAAUUUACACGCCUGUAUUUUUUUUUUAAUGAUUUAAUAGUAGACAAAAAAAGAGUGAACAGGCAAGUUACGUGUUUACGGUUUUAGCAGAAAUAUCAAGUGCCCGACAAUCAGUUGCCACCGCCGGUGGUGGACGUUUGAAAAUACGUGCGAAGCAACACGGUACUGACCUAGCUGUUCAAGAUGACGUCUUCAUCAGAGCAAGACGCUCGAGAGAAGCUCAUAAAACGAGUGAAAAAAGAGGUCAAGAAGAUCAUGGAGGAAGCUGUUACAAGAAAGUUUGUUCACGAGGAGAGCAGUUCUGUGACUUCACUGUGUGGGGCUGUCGAAGCUUGCUUAUCACAAGGACUCCGAAGAAGGGCUCUAGGGUUGUUCAAAACUAGCUCUACAACAGCAUUACUUCACAAAGUGGCAAAAUAUUUUGAACCAGCAGCAGUCAUUUCUAAAAAAGUUGAAGAAAUUGAAAAUACAGACACCAAAAGGCCUUCCUCAUCAAGUGGUGACAGCAUUGUACGCCUACCUGCAAAAUGCCCUUCAAAAAUUAGCACUUGCGCAUCACCAACUCCACGAUACCUAUGGAUAAGGCUAGCACUUUUCGAAAAACAGCUCGCCAAAAUCAUUGAUUACUUGGUUAAAAACAGCAGCAAGUAUUAUGAGCGGAAUUCUCUCGUGGCUGAUCCAGACUAUGGAUCAAUUCUCAGCUCAUUGUUAGUGGGGCCAUGUGCACUUGACUACUCCAAGACAAAGACACAAGAUCAUUUCCUAACAGAUCCACCAGCAGAUGAGCUUGUUCAAAGAAAUCGUAUUUCUAGUGGCCACACUACUCCUCCGUCGUGUCGCAGACCUGUUGUUGGUUUCACACGUAGCUUACAAGCUGUCAGCUCAGAGGAGGGUAACCGGGUUGUUCCUCUCUCUGCAAAAGACUAUGUUGAAUCUCUUCACCAGAAUAAUCGAGCAACUCUGUUAUAUGGGAAGAACAACGUUUUAGUUCUGCCGAAAGAUCUGAACGAACCAAUACCAGGAUACCUCUCGCUUCAUCAAACUACGCGUUCACUCACUAUUAAGUGGACUCCCAACCAGUUAAUGAAUGGUUACAUAGAGUGUGAAGUACAAGAUAAGAGCUCCUUCUGGGACUAUGCUCUCAACAUGACGGUGGAAGAAGUUGUGUAUGUUCACUGCCAUCAGAAAGCCGACUCUGGCGGGACAAUCGUGCUUGUGGGUCAAGAUGGAAUACAGCAUCCACCUAUUCACUUCCCCCGAGGCGGACAUCUGCUUGCCUUUCUGUCGUGUUUGGAGAACGGUUUGCUCCCUCAUGGCCAACUUGACCCACCCUUGUGGUCACAAAGAGGAAAAGGUAAAGUGUUUCCUAAGAUACGCCGAAAAGGUAGAGUUCUGCCUGCAGAGCAAUUGGAAGAAUUAACCGAAGAAUCAACGGAUUAUGUGUUUCGAAUCAUUAACAAAACUUGUCAUGAAGAUUUUCUUUCAGGUCAUGAGCUACUGGAUCCAACAUGGACUUCAUCACAAACAAAUCAUAAGCAGGUUGGUCACUGUAGACGACUUCGCCUGACGUCCAACUCAACUUCUAGUUCCACAUCCUCUACAAAAUCAUUUAACCAUGAAUUUCCAGAAUGUCCAUGGCUGGCUUCAGAGAAAACGACACGUGCAUCAGGAUAUACAAUACAGCUGGUAUGUGAUUCAAUGAAGAGGCAAAUAAUUUCUCGUGCAUUUUAUGGUUGGCUUGCAUAUUGCCGUCAUUUAUGCACCGUCCGCAAACAUUUAUCUGGACUAGUGAACAAGAACAUCAUAUCAAUUAAUGAACCAGUUGAUGCCUCAGAUGGCCUUACAAAGAGUAAAUGGGAAGCUCUGCAUGUUAAUGGCAAAGUUAUUGACAGAUCUGAAGUUUUCAGACUCACCUAUUAUGGUGGUGUCAACAGUGAGAUAAGGAAAGAGGUGUGGCCUUAUCUUCUUGGCUACUACGACUUUGAGAGCUCAGAGGAGGCUCGAAGGGAGCUCGAUCGCAACCUCAGGAAAAACUACGAAACUACAAUGUCCGAGUGGUUGGCAGUGGAAGCGAUAGUACGCCAGAAGGACAAGGAAACAAUGGCUGCCAACCUAGCCAAGCUGUCUUCAGAGAGUACCAGUGGUGAAGCUAUACCUCCGAUGACAACUCUCAAUCACGAUUUGAGCAAUGAUGUAUUUGAAGACAACUUCAGCUCAGCAUCUGAUGAUAGCAAGACAAAUGUAAAUGAAGAAGAACAAAAAAAUUAUUUCUGUAAUGAUGCUGAUAAUGAACAUUCUGCAGAUAUUCCCUCUGGAAAGGAUACAGUGUCAGAAACAACAGAGAAGAAUGAAUCUGAUAGUCAUGAAGGUUUUGAAAAGAAUCAUAUCACAUGUGAAGAUUCUAAAAAUAAUGAAACCGAUCAUAUCAUGGAAAAUCACCAUUCCAAAAUGCAUGAAUGUGAUGUCAACUGCAAUGAGAAUCCUAAGAAGGAUUUGCAGGCAGGUUCUAUUGAUGAAGGAGUAAUAGACGAUGUGGAACCACCACUAUUAGAAUGCAAACCUGCUACCUACGUCCCUGACCAUAGUAAUGAACCAGAUAAGUUAUCAGCAGAAAGCAAGCAGGUCAGCUGCACAUCAACUGUGAUUGUAAGAACCAACCCUUCUGUGGACAGCGGCCAUCAGUCUGACCCAUACAGCGAUGACACAGCUGAUCGCCUUUCAACACAAUGUGAGGAAAGUGAUGACUUGAAUAAACUGACUGUAGCAGAGGUAUUAGCGGAAGGAAAUAGUCAGUGUUCCAGGUCUACAUGUAUAUCACCAGCCAGUUCUCAGGGUGGAAUUUAUUCGGUGGAACUGCUAGAUACAUUUGGUCUGAACCUUCAUCGCAUAGACAAAGAUGUUCAGCGGUGCGAUAGGAACUAUUGGUACUUCACGAAUGAAAACCUUGAAAAGCUUAGGAACAUCAUGUGCACUUAUGUUUGGGAGCACUUGGACAAUGGUUACAUGCAAGGCAUGUGUGAUCUAGUAGCUCCUCUCUUAGUGAUCCUGGAUGACGAGGGAGCUACUUACGCUUGUUUUUGUUGUCUCAUGGAAAGAAUGGGAGGUAAUUUUCCUAAUGGUGGCGCAAUGGACAAUCAGCUGGCCAACAUGAGAUCUCUCAUACAAAUUUUGGAUUCCGAAAUAUUUGAACUAAUGCACCAAAAUGGGGACUAUACUCAUUUCUACUUCUGCUAUCGCUGGUUUUUAUUGGAUUUCAAACGUGAAUUUGUGUAUGAAGAUGUCUUCAGCACUUGGGAAGUAAUUUGGGCAGCUAAACAUGUGGCCUCAAGUCACUUUGUGCUAUUCAUUGCACUGGCACUAGUUGAAACAUAUCGUGAUAUCAUCUUGAGUAACAGUAUGGAUUUUACAGACAUCAUCAAGUUCUUCAAUGAAAUGGCUGAGAGACAUGAUUCCACAAUCAUUCUUAAACUUGCCCGUGAUUUGGUACUGCAACUUCAAACGCUUAUUGAAAACAAAUAAGUAUUUUUAUAUGUAUUGUAACAAAUUUACCUGAAUUAUGUGUUUGGAAAACUCCAAUCUAAUGUUGUGUAAAAUUAUGAUCGUAUAAAAUUCAUAUAUGUAUAAAAAUAAAAAGUUAUGUGUAAAAACUUAUCAACUGCACAAGUUACUGAAAAUAGAAAGAGAAUAUAUGUUAUUAUAUAAAAUAUUUUAAUUGGAAGAUGUGUUAAUGUUUUAUGUUAAUAAGAUAAUGUAUUACAUACCAUUGUUGCAUUUAAAUCUAUAAAUGAUCUCAACUUCAAACUACGUAUUCCAAUAACAAAUCAAUAAGCUAAAUGCCUGCCUGCCAACAAGAAUGCAAUCAAAAGCCUUUAACUGGCAUUCAAUUUCUUUUAAAAAUCAUGUACACUAUUUACCUGAAUGCUAGACAUGAAUUUUCCGCUAGCUUAGAGCAUAAUAAAUUCCAAAUCAACUUGCUUAAAAAUAUCUCGUGAAAUUUACAGUAUUAAUAUUUUGUACUACCUGCCCCGUAUGUUAAAACUAAGAGUGCACAAGUUAUUUAAUUAACAUUAUCAAUAACUGCAGUGUAAUUAAAUUAAGUAAACCUAAUAUGUGCUUGGAUACAAUAACUAUAUUUAAUUAUUUAAUAAGUGACUGACAAAUAUUAACAAUAUACAUAGUCUGUAUUAACCCCCAAGUUUGUGCUUUUCAAAAUGUCAUAGAAUAUCACAUGAUGAACAAUGUGUAAAUGUUAUAGACUGAUUCUGGACUUCGAUGCAUAAGGCUAUUAACAUUGGAUAACAAUUUCCCCUCAGAACUUUCAAAACCAUCUGUUGUCAACAAGGCCAUGUGUUUACAAAUGGUACUCAAAUAGACAUGUUUUUGAUGAAAGUAUUAGAUGUAAAGUAGUAAUUUAAUGCAGAACAUAUUAAAAGCCAUAAGUAAAGAAAUAUUAAGCCCUAGCUGCAUUGAAAUGUGGGCAUACAAAGUGCAAUUAGAUUUAAUAACCUCAUAAAUGCACCAGCUGCAGCCAUCAUGAGACACAAAUGUGAUAUGUAUUUCUAUUGGCAAAUAAGCAGUUAAAUGAAGCGUCAAAAAAUUGUUCUACUGCACAGCUUGGGUGCAAGGUCUAUACCCAUAUCUAGCCCUUUUUUUUAUGUGCUAUGUGGCCUACAGCUUGUGCCAACUGCCAUAAUUUUUCGUAUUCAGAUCUCUUUAUCAUAUUUUUAGCAAUCAAAUAUCUGCAUUCAAAUUUACACCCAUGCCUUACCCAGGACUCAAACCCAGAACCCCUGGCACCGUAAGCCAGUGUGCAUCCGACUUCGCUACAGAGGUCGGCAUAUCAGUCUAUGAAUGCAAAGAGUUUACAAAUGCAUGUAGCACUUCUAUACCUACUUAUUCUAAAGAACUGUUUUAUGCAGGGCAUAGCACUCUAUCUAGCUGUCUCUCUUUGUAUAUAUGAUCAUGUCAAAAAGCUAGUGAAAAAUAACUGGAAAUUUACUAAUUUUUAAAUAUGCUAAUUCAAGUAUAUUGUUAAUAUACAGCCAAAAAAAUAGCAUUAAAAAUGUUUUUAUAGAUUUUUGGCACAUCACUAAGAUGCUGUAUUAAAAGUAAGUUUAUGAAUUUCAACAAUUCUUGGAAAAUUCAGUUUAGCCUAAGUUUUUUGUUUUGAUUUCAAUACAUAUUAAACUUUAGUUGUAAUGUAAAAUCUGUAAGUGCUUCAAAAGUACUUGAUAAAAUGCAUAUAUCAUGUCAUUACAAAACAUUUUUUCCUGAUUGAUUAAAGGAAAAAUUAUAGGUCUCAUAAGUUUGAGAGGUCUUGUAUUCUGGUAAAUACUGUGAUAUUAAGAAAAUUGGAUAAAUACUGUUUAUAUAAGUAUUUGCGAACUAAGUGUUAUUGUAAAGUGUAAUAAAUAUUUGUAUCUUAUCACACAAACUAUUGAUACAUUUUGUAGUGUACGUACAGAGAACUGUGGUAAUUCUGCAGAGUAGCGGCAUGUGGAAAAAUAAGGUAAAAUAAUAACUAA